AUGCCUCUCCUGCCUCGGCUUUUCACUCGCGAUGACAGCGCCGACAACGCCGACCGUGCGCGCCUCCUCUACGACGACCACCACAAUGUCUACGGCACCUGGGGCGGCAACGCGGUUCCACCACCUGACCACGGCAUCAGCGCUGAAGAAGAGCGCCGCUUGCAAAGCGCAUGGGACGGAAUCACGCAAUGGGCUGGAAAUCAGAUCGUAGAGAUCUUUCCUUCGGCUCAACAGCAGCAGCACCCACCAGCUUUGUCCCAAGCGCAUAUGACGCAAUCCAACAUGUACGAUAGCGAUGCGGAAGAGACGCGGUCGCAGCGCAGUGAUGGGGCGCAAAUGAAUGGUGCGCAUGUGCAGACCUUGGAGCAGCAGCAUCAGGACAUUCUGCUGUCGAUGAUUCCGGGCGACAAGUCGAAGCGAUCGAUACGAAUUUACCCUGCUUCGAGGCCGAAUUCCAGGUCGACGGAGAACACGAAUGGGAUUGAGGGCAAGAAGCUCAGGGAGAAGGCUAGCGGUGUAUUCGGAAAGAUGGACUUGGGCACGGCGUGA